GUCUUUACGACAUCGUUACGACGAUUGAUCAUGAAACAAAAUUGAAAUGUGGCUCCAAUUUUGGAAACCACCAAAUCCACAGAGAUAAAGAAGGAGGUAUCAUAAAUGAUGUAAAAAGGGGAUUUCUAUUUAAAAGAAAAAAGUUGACCUUCAAAAAGCCAUCAAGGUCGAUACUUAUCUUGUUUUUGGCGGCACCGUAUACCAAAAAAAUUAAGGGAACCCCGAUGAGUUCUCCUAUCUUUUUAGUAUCUUUAUGUCGAUGAUACCAUUUUAUGUGUAAAGAAAGACCACAUUGUCCUUGUAAUUGAAAAAUUGUUAAGCAAAUCCUAUCAAGAAAUGAUUGUCCUUCAGAAUUUAUCAAAAAACAAAUCAAAGUCCGUAUGACGAAAUUUAAAUAUACAACAAACAUCGAAGAAAAAGAUACUCCUAGUAAACAAAAAUUUGUUAGACAGAAAGUGGCUAUGGGAUGAUGAACAAGAAAGAGGCAAACAAAACUGCAUUUAAAUAACAUAAUAUGAGAGAUUAAGUGAUGGUUCUUGUGGAGCUUGCUCUUGUGAUAGUCUUUGUAAUGUUCUAAAGCUCAAUGAUAUGAACUUCAACCCAGCACCCCAAGAAAGGAAUUUAAAAUUUAGACCCAGCUAGCGCUAUGGCGAAAUUUCCACGCAGGUGUUAACGAAAAAGGAGAAAAUUAUAAAAGAUAAGAAUGUAUUACGAGAACAUAAAACAUAACAUCUUCGCAAGCACAUGCGCAAUAUAGAUUUUACAACUUAGCUUUCCACGUAGCAAUUUUUGUCAAGAUGGCCGAAUCUGAUGCAUUCAGCAACCAAUCAGUGGUCUCGGUUAUAAAUAGAAUUUUUCUUAUUGGUGGUAAAUUUUAAUCAUUCUGAAGGUAUUUUUUGGGAGUCAUGGUGAUGAGUAAUAUAUUCCAAAUGAGUGAAUGUAUUCCAAAUUUAUCAGUGGAAGUUUACGAAAUCUAUUAGAAAAAUGAAGAUCGUUAUGAGGACUCUUACAUUUGUACUCACUAUUUUUUUACAUUUCUGCGAUUUGAAUGCUACUUUAAGAGAACGUAGUCCAAACCUCUCCCCGCCAAGACUAGUACAUAACCCACCAGCCGGCUCAGAUAGCCUACCACACAGAGAGGUCCGUUAUGGGCACUUGUUGAUCAAGUUGUGGCUGGAUCGUCAAGAUCCAACCAGAGUUGUAAAAGUGGACUAUCUGGAUACUGAAUCUUCGGAUCCAGUAUCAAUUACUCUGAACCAUUUUAUCGUCAAACUUAUUGAUGUAGGAGGCUUCAAAAUUGUGGGAUAUUUAGAACACGAUGAAACAAUUUUCGCAGUCAGAGCACCAAACCCUAAUGCUGGACCAAACGAUCUGGAACCUAGUCCCACAAAAUGGUUUAUCGUUCAAUUAGGUAGAGCUUGUAUGGUAAAGAUAAGUGCAGCUACAAAAAUGUUUGUAGGGCUUAAUGAAAAUGUACAUGGAAAUCCAGAAGAUCAACGUGAAAUUCGAAUGGGAAGGAAUGUUAUGGGUGGCAUAAGCUGUAUUAUACGCCAUCGACCUGAUGGAAUUUUUGAAGCUCAAAUGAACCCGAAUCCUCCUCAUCAUCUUUAACUGCAUGCGGAUAAAUUUAUAGAUAAGAUUAACCAAAAAUAUAAGUGGAUUCUGCAAUA